AUGCUUAACACCAUCUUUUCUUUGCAGGCUUUUAGAAAUCUGGACACAAAUGCCAUGAUCAAAGCAUACGAUUAUGUGCUGCAAUACAUUAAUGAGCUCUAAAAUUAAAUUGAACAAUUAGAGAAAAGCGCGAUAGAUAUAAUUGUAGAAAAAGAUUAAAUUAUAGAGCAAUUAGAAUUAGAAUUAUAACACUCUUCAAGAAGAACAAGUUUUAAUAAUUAAGAAGAAGUUACUUAAUACAAGAAGUAACAGUUUUCAUGCUAUUUUAAGUCAUAUUUAAGAAUUGCAAACAAGAUUGGAACAUCAACAAACUAAACAUUAUGAGUAAUUGUAAGAAUAAGAAAAAGUGUGGAACUAAUAUUUAUUAGAUCAAAUUGCAUAGAAUGAAUUCUCAGUCGAUUAGAAACUGAAGAGUCAUUUAGAAUAAAUUUUUAUUUUAGAAGAUAAAAUAAAUAAACUAGAAAAUGAAGUAAAACUUUCAUUUUAAAGUAGUUAGAUAUUAAGGAAAACAUGUAAAUCUCUUUAAUAAACUAAAAUAAAAUGUUUAAAGAGAGCAAUGCCAAAUUGGAAGAAGUUCAAAUUACGCUAAAUAGAUAAUUACUAAGAUUGCAAAUCGAACUAGAACAAUUGCAAUCAAGCAAUUCUAAAGAGAAAAAUCAAUACUUAGAACAAAUUAAUGUACUUUACAAUAAUAUAAAAUAGUCUGCAAAUUAAGAAUUAUAGGAAUUAUAAUCACAGACUUCGGCGUUUAAAGUACAAAAUUAAAAAUUAAACAAUCAAAAUAAGAUCUACACGAAUACGAUUGGUGAGUUGAUGGUCAAGAAAGCAGAGUUAGAAUUACUAAUCUAAUCCUAGAAAAAUGAGAAAUUGGAAUCAAAUGAGAAUAGUAAAACUGGAGCCUUUUCUUCUGUUGAUCAAUAAGGAGAUAAUCAUCAAAUUAGAGAGGAUAUAAACACUACAGCAUUUGAUAUUAAUGAAGAUACUGCAGACAUAAAAUAAGAAUUGGCAUCAUUUUAAUUUGAUGAGAACAAUUUUAAUUUUAAUCAUCUCAAAAAAAGUUAAUCCAAUUAUUCAUUCCAUUCAGAAAAAAAGGAUAAUAUGGAUUUAGAAAUGCAUCUAAAAAAUUCAAUCAAAACAAUCAAAUAAUUAAAUGCUUAAGUUUAAUUACUCACCUAACAGAUCAAAGUAUUGAAAAGAUAGAAUGCUAACUAAAUAAAUGCUAAAGAGUAUUUAAACAUCAUGGAAUAGAACUACUCAAAUUCGGUCUAAUUAAAAUAAUAACAAAUCAAGACUCUAGAAGAGAAACUGACAGUACAGAAUUAAGAAAUAUUGCUUUUAAAGCAAAAAGUUAAGUAAUAUACUCAAAAACUCAUUAAAUAUAAUAAAAGAUUAAUCAGCACUCAAAGCAAAUGA